CCUAUGUGGCACCACGCAGUACCAACCAGCAACAAACGGGCAAAAUGUGAAGAUUAAAGCCGCCAUACACCACUUUCUGAAAGUAGGAGUGCAGUGGAAAAGUGUAGGAGUCUUAAAACGAGUGCCUAAAGUUGUUGUUACGCAGCAGGGACGCGCAGCACUCAGUGCGUAAAAGUAAGUCAGAGGAGAGAAGUAACACUUCUGCGGUGGAUGACACGUUUGUCUCUGCUAUAAAGAAGCUGACACUGUGAGGAACAAUCUUUUCGACCUUUACUGUCGAUGUCUGCUUUCCAGAGUUUGUCGACAGCGCCGGAGCGGAGCGCGCAAAGGGGCAAUAGGUGAUGGACAGUGACUAAGCCUUACGGCUGGGAAGCUAAUGAAUUGAAUUUCUCUGGACUGCAGACUUUAUAUAAGAAGUAGGACAAGCAUAACACCGCCCAACUAGUUAUUUCCGCCAUACGUAGUGACUCGUUGUCGUUCAGCAUCUUGCUGUUAUGAUCAGCUCUGAACUCUCAAUUAUUCACAAAGUUGCAGCUGGCUGAUGCCACUACUCCUGCAGGAGUGAGUGGGAAGUUUUACAUCCUUCUGUCUACCUCUUCUCAACAUGGACGAGAGUGUUGAGUCCGCUGCGGCAGACAGCUGCUCGGACGGGGAGAGCAUCAACCUCAGCGUGCUCAACUGGGAGCAAGUGCAGCGGCUGGACACCAUUCUCACAAGCUCCAUCCCCAUCCAUGGCCGGUGGAGCUUCCCCACUCUGGAGGUGAAGCCGCGGGAUAUUGUCAAGGUGGUCCGGAGCCGCAUGGAGGAGAAGCGGAUACAUGUACGUGAGGUGCGACUGAACGGCUCCGCAGCCAGCUACGUCCUGCACGAGGACAGCGGUCUGGGGUGGAAAGAUCUGGACUUAAUAUUCUGCGCCGACCUGAAAGGAGAGAUGGAGUUUCAGAUUGUGAAAGAUAUAGUGCUGGACUCUCUUCUAGACUUCUUGCCCGAGGGGGUGAAUAAAGAAAAGAUCACACCAGUGACCUUAAAGGAGGCCUAUGUGCAAAAGAUGGUGAAAGUGUGCAAUGACUCAGACCGCUGGAGUCUCAUCUCCCUCUCCAACAACCGUGGCAAGAACGUGGAGCUCAAGUUUGUUGACUCUCUUCGACGGCAGUUUGAGUUCAGCGUGGACUCCUUCCAGAUCCGCCUGGACUCGCUUCUCCUCUUCUACGAGUGCUCGGAGCACCCCAUGGCUGCCACCUUCCACCCCACGAUCCUCGGAGAGAGCGUCUACGGUGACUUCCCAACCGCCCUCGAUCACCUGCGCAAGCGCCUCAUCUGCACCAGAAGCCCCGAGGAGAUUCGAGGCGGGGGUUUGCUGAAGUACUGCCACCUGCUGGUGCGGGGUUUCCGUGCAGCCUUUGACGCUGAGAUGAAACUGCUGCAGCGCUACAUGUGCUCACGCUUCUUCAUAGACUUUCCUGAUGUGAGCGAGCAGAGGAGGAAGCUGGAGUCCUAUCUGCAGAACCACUUUGUGGACCUGGAGGACAGGAAGUACGACUAUCUGGCCACGCUGUACGAGGUGGUGCAGGAGAGCACAGUGUGCCUGAUGGGCCACGAGAGGCGCCAGACGCUCAGCCUCAUCUCGUCGCUGGCGUUGCGGGUCCUGGCCGAGCAGAAUGCCAUCCCCAACGCCGCCAACGUCACCUGCUUCUACCAGCCGGCUCCUUAUGUCUCAGAUGGCAACUUCAGCAACUAUUACGUAGCACAAGUUCAGCCUAUGUACCACUGUCCUCCCUCGCCUCCUCAGCAGUACAUUCCUCCUCAGCACCAUCCCAUGUACGCCACCUGGUUGCCCUGUAACUAAACUUUGUGCACAUUCAUGCACUUUUGUGUAACUGGGGAAACCUUCUUGAAAAGGGACCAAUGAUGAUCUUAUAAUCUCUUCCUUGAGAUGGGAAAAUGAGGGGGAAAAGAGAAGGAAUGACAUGAGACAUAAUUAGACAGAUACAAGAAGGGAAUAAAGAAAGGAGGGGGAAUUAGGACAAAGAACCUGGAUCCAGGCAGUGGGCCAGAGUAAGGCUUUUCCUCGGGUUAAGGUGCCUCAGCAGGAGGAGCUGAGCACACAGGGAGAGAUGCCAACGAGAGAGGCUGACCCAUAAGAUUUAGGGUUCUUUCAUCAGCGCUAAAAUUGAUUUGGUGACCAACAGCCCGGAUACGACUGUUGUGAGUCACAGGAACUCGCAUUUGAAAUGAUGAACAUGUUUAAUAUCCACAUCCUCUUCAUAUCAAAACCAAAACAGACUUGCAUACAGCCGCAGAGAGUAAAAGAGGACACACAUGACAUGCUGAUAUUGAUUUAUGGUCAGACAACGGUGGCAUGUGCACUUUGUUUGUGUGGGACUCCUUUUCACAGACAAAAUGAGGAAUUGGGUACUGUUUACAAAUCCAAAGAUCUACUUUGAUACGCAACUUAAUCUGAAUUCUGAGACCAAAAAAAACAACAAAACAAUGCAUGCUUUAUUUCUGUACAGGAAUAAUUUUAAGUGCCUAGAUAAAGCCUAAAGGGAAGAGGAUAUUUUUGUGAUUCUUUAUCGUAGAGAACUGUUGAGUCGUCUUAUUGAUUUUUAAGGUGAUAAUGAAUGUACUGUGGAACAGAGAGUUGACCUAUGCUGAGUAAGGUCUCUUACACUUUUACAAUUGAUUUUGACAAUGUUUAGUUCAAGAAUCUGCUCUUAUCUGCAGGCGUGCUAAUUACCAAAGAGGAAGUAGCAAUAUGAUCUCAUCAUCUAUACAGAGAGGGGGGGUGGAGGUUACAUCGAAAAUGCUUAUGAGAGUAAAGUAGAUGGACGAUUUUGAGAGAAAUAUACAGAGAAAAAGGUUUGGCAGCAAGAAAGCAAACUAGAGAGAAUAAACUGCUCUUAUUUGCAGUUUUAUUGAAAUGCAAAAUAAGGUAGAACAGUGCAAAGCUUCAUAACCAAAAAGCAAAACUUAUGUUGAGUGUCCCUUAAUUAUUUUGUUCCUCCUCAAACAUUUGCAAAGCCUAUUCUUGGAAUAUUUUAAACAUUGUUUACAUCCAUGUUUGCUUCUUCUUUACUGCCCUUUAAUGCAGGAGUAGUAAUCAGUGGAAUAGUAGGAAAUUGAUCGCAGGAUAUAAUCAGCAUGGUCGCACGCUGCAAAAAAACGAGCCCUCUGGUAAAAACAUUGCUCAUAGAGCUACUAGUGGUCAAAAGGUCCACAGGGUAACUUAAGUUUCAAAUACAUAUUAAACCUGACAAAAGCAGCAUUGAGUUUGAAAUGCAUCAAAUUACACUGGAAGGUUUUAAUACACUUAUAUAUGAUUAUAUUCAUUUUAUAUUUUCCUCUCAUCAAAUAUAUUAAAAAAAAAAUUUCUUUACAUAAUUUGUAAGCCAUUAAAUAAUAUUUUGACAUGCUGUAUGCACUGUACAAAUAUGUUUUCAUGUGUAAGAGAGAAAGAGAAAGUCUGCAAAUAUUUGCAGGACAAAACAAACUGUAUGUUUGUCUGAGGGGUGGGGGUUGGAUUGUGUGGGCAGGGAUGUAGCAGCAGAGCAACUCUUGACUGAAGUGGAGUAAAAGCAUACUACUGGUAGAGUCAGAGGACAAGCAAAGGAGAAAAAUAUUUUCAGAAAAUGUGCUGCAUGAAGCCUGAAAAGCUUCAACGAGGAUGAAAACUCAGUGAAUAUUGGCCAAUGUAUAUUUCAUCUUUUCUGGGCUGUAUGAGCAGCAUUGAAAAACAUCAAACAAUGAGAAAAUAAUGCAAAAAAUGUAGAGUGCAGAUAAAAACCAUCACAUGGAUAUUUGAAGGGCAAUAAGACAAGUGUUUGUGAUAAUCAUGGAAAUAACAGUUGUAACUUUUCAGCUUUACAAGUGCAAGAGACUCAAAUGUCCGAUCUCCUAUUUUUCUAUCAAUCUCUGUUUUUGUACAGUUUGUAUUUGGCUGAAGUAGCAGUCAGUUCAAAGCUGUGUCGUUGAGUAUUUUGUGAUGUGUGCAAAUUUGUGUUUUUUGGCUGAUAAAGAGCAGUGCAGGUGGGCACGGCGGCUAUGCUACAAUGCAGAUUUAGCUUGUGUUCAUUAUAUGUGUGCUCUGAACUGGGAGAGGUUUCUGUUGCUCUAAAGAGAUUGUUUCACUGUGCUACGUGUUUUUAACUGCAGUCCCGUUUGGACAUGAAAAUAAUGAUCUGAUAAUUGUGUUAAUUAAAAGCAAAAGCAAAAAGA